AGACUUCUGGUCCUGACCUCAAUGCCUUCGUGGAUUUCCCACUUUCGCCAACCUAGGUGAGAGAGGGGGCAGCAGGUCCACAGCCAGGGGAGAGAUAUUCCUUGCCCCAGGCGGAGAAUAUUAGCCAUGAGGCUCGGUGUCCGAGGAUCUGCAAUCACAGCAGAGCCACGGCAUGAAGAUGGCUCCUUCAUUGGGCCUCCUUCCUCUGGUGAUGGCAGAGCUACUGAAUAAAGUCCAGGAAGUUUACCAGCAGUCUUUGCAAUUGACAGAUGAACUGCUUUUGAUGCUGAAAUGUGUCUUUGGACCACAGGCUCUGCAGGCAUUAGAACUAGUGGAUCAGCGCUCAGUGACACUUGUUGACGCUCCCAGUGGAAGAACGCUCUAUCAGGUUGUAGGAAGCUCUGGUCGGGUGUAUCACUGCCUCAGUUCCUGCCUCUACUGCUCAUGUGUGGCUUUCACAUACUCUGUCUUACGAAGAAAUGACCAUCUAUUGUGUAAACAUCUCCUUGCUGUUUAUCUGUGCCAAGCCAUGGGAACGCUCCGCCAGCUGAGAGUCUCCAACCAGCAACUGACUACUCUGUUGCAUGCCAAUGAGAAGGAGUUUGAGCCUACAGACUAACGUAGAACAGGACGAAGUGUACAAGGCCACAAAUCUGACGCUGAAUCUAGCUCUCCAGUCUGUUGCAUGCAAAGAAGAAUGAGCUUGAACCUUCAGACUAAUAAAGAACAAGGUGUACAAGCCCAUGAUCUGACCCAAAUCCAGGGUAUUGGCUGAAACAAAUGCUGGAAUUCCUGCUAAACCCAUGUUUCUGCAUCUAAUCCAGGGUAACAUUUCAGUACCUUCCAAGGGGAACACCACAUCAUUAUAGAAGAGAUCUUUAAGAUGAAACCUUAUUCCUUGGCCAUUAAAAGAUCCUAUGGCAUGGCUCAGAGGCAAGAAGAGGAGUAAUCCUGGUGACAAGCACCAGAGACUUGUCCACCAUUGACUUGAAGGCAUCAGCUGUAAAAAUAAUUGAGAUAAUCUUCAGAAUAUAAGAAGGUGCUUGCUGUAUUGCUCAAUAUGUCUGUUAACAACAUAGUUCAGCAUAGACACCCAUAUCAACAUCACCACAUUCAGGAAGGAAUGUCAACUGUCCAGUCUCCUCAAAGCCUUGCCAAGGCAGAGAAUGUGAUACAAGAUCUGCCUGUCAUUAUACUGCACUCUGAUUCUCAGCUGUGGCGUUAAAGGCAGAAUGAAGCCACUCCAUCCAUUGUCUUUCUGCCGUCUAAGUUUUGUAAGGAGAUAAUCCUUAGCUUCAGUUGACCUGUGUGAUUGAUGCCCCUCACCCUUUGAUUUUUCUACAUAGCAUUCUUGUAUUCUCUCUACAAUCAUCACAUUCCUCCUGCAGAUGAAAUUUGGCUGUAGUCCCCCCAGAGUUUUAUAGAGGUUCAACAUUAACUUUCUCUUUAAUUCUCAGUGCUCUAUUCUGCCUGAACUGCCAGCUUCAUAAAUGUGUGCAUAAUUUGCCCAGAGCAAUCUGUUCCCACAGCCUUCAGAAUUUACCUGUUUUAUUAUCAUUCUUCCUGCCAAAAGGAUCAACUUGCAUUCUGCAAUAAAUCUUGUUUGCCUAUUUAUCCUCUUCAUCUGUCAGUAACCUCCUCACUAUUUACCACACUACCAGAUUUUGUCAUCUAAAAGUUUUGAUUAUCUCUGAAGAAGAGUUACGGUCCUGCUUUGUUUCAUAAGAGAAUGAGUCUGUCUCUCUCUCCAGCCUGAAAAGCAGCUAUUGAUCAACAUGAAGACACAGCUGAGUUCCUCCAGCAGAUUUUUUUUCCUUAUCUUCCUAAUUCUCAGCCCAUAUCCUUAUUAGCACAGUUACACUCCCAUUUAUAGCAGCAUAACUAUUGGGCAUCACCAUGUUUUCAAACACUUUUUGGAAGUCUGCGUAUGCUGAGUAAAUUGGUUUGCCUUCAUCAGCUUCACUUGCCUCAUCAAAAAAUAUCAUGGAGAUAGAUGAGCGGUGUUUACCUUUAAAGGGUCUGUCCUCAACUUUCCUGAGUCCAUGUUUUUAAAAAAACUAUUUAAUCCUGUCCCUGAUUAUUCUUCCUCGUUAGUUGUUUGAAUUACUUGAUGUAAAUAAAUACCUUGA